AUGUCAAGCAGCCUUCGCGUUUCUCCUAAUGUCGCGGAGACUCAAGUCGACACUCAUGAUAGCGGCGGAGAACUGGUAACGUGCGGCGCUCCGCAAAAGGAGACGGUUGGGUCGUGCAGUCCUUCUUGCUCGCCUCGCCAGGAUGAUUUCCACUCGGAUGAACCUCUUUCGGACUCGGCGAAAAAAGAUGACCACACCAAGGAGGUGUCCUGCGGGGGUCCUAUUCCAUCUGAUAGCUGUUCUCAACCAUGCCUGCUCACUAUCGGGACUCUUAUCUCACCAGAAUGUCACCGACGAAAGUUCAGUGCCUCUCACUCGAAAUCUUUAUCCUCCUUUCCUACCCGUGCGUUCUCCUCCUCCUCACUCUCCAGCGAAGCCUCUACCGUGGGCCCAUCGCCAUCAAACAUGCCCAAAAAAGCGAUGGAUGCACGGUCCCUGCUUGCUCCCCCAGCUCUCAUGAGCCCAGCCACAAACUCAAUCUGGCCAUGGGAUGCACGCCCAACACCAUCCCUUGCUUUUCCACCUUCACCCUGCGUUACCCCAACCAGAGAAUUCGGCAUUUUGCAUGUUAUUCCACAGACCCCUGCACCUGGAGAGCCCAAACAGGAACCGUUCGACUAUUUUACUGGUUACUUCCUUGAUUCCGGCGGUUCGUCGUCUUCGCCGUUAGGUCUGUCUGCGACUGAAUUCUCCUCGACAUCGCCGGAGUUCAUCACUCGGGCGAAUGGGUCAGGGUCACAAUUGAAUUCGCUUCCAAAAUCCCCAACUGUGUCCCUCCAAGAUGAACCAAGUCUUUCACGAGGACCUAAUUUGGCGGCAUCACCACCUCCCACCCUGACUCCACCCACAAACGUUGCGGCCAAGGAAUCGAAGCCGCUGGCAAGUCCCAUGGAGGGUGCCGAGGAGAAGGCGGCAGAACCGACAAGUCCGCCUUCUGUCACAAACUUUGUCAAUUCGGAUUCGGACAAAGUUGAGGGUUCGAAGUUACGCCGUCCACCAUCAUCUAGUCAGACCCACAGUUCGGCACCCCCAGUGAAGGUUUCAGGUUCCUCUCUGUCCAAGGUCUCCCGUCCACCAAAGCGCUUCGCAACUUUCCGCCCAUCCGCAAGGGAGCAGAGCGCCUGGGCGGCCGUCGCGAGGGGCCACUCGCUUCUGGGCAAUCCCUUCUCUGUAGGUUCAUUCCAUUCACUGGAUCCUGCUGACGAAGAGAGCCGAAGGAAGCGUGGCUCGCGAGCAAUUGGUCCAGAACCUGACAGUAACAUCGUAAACACUUCUGGACGAUCUCUGAGGCCGGGAUCGGUUCUGAGGCCGGGCGCUUCUGUGCCUAUCGAUUCUGUCCUUUCAUCGCUUGGGAGCUUCCACCAACCUUUGUCCGUGACGCUUACUUAUGAUCCUACUCAUCUGGAAAAGGAGGCUCAACUGGUGAAGUCCGUGAAGCAUGGAGGAGCCCUAUCACCUGGAAAGCUGAAGAGCAGCGAGGUAGGCAAAGCAAUGUCAGGGUUGGAUGCUUCGCCAAAUUUGGCUGAGAACGACCAGCUUAAUAAGUCGCACGAUUGCAGUGACUCCCAUCUCACUCUGUCCUCCUUCGGAGCGUGUCCCGGGGAGGCCGGUGCCUCACCUACAGGGCCAGGGUGUUCCUUGAAAGAAUGCACUUCUUCCCAUUUGGAGACAGCAUCUGAAGGAGUGUCAUUUAUGGCGGUGUCGCCACCAUUCCUCCGCUCCUCCUUCAAUGCCUUUCUCAUCCAUGCCUCAGCAUCCUUCUCUCAUCAAGUCCCAUCUCUCUCACACACACUUCUGCAUUCGGAUCCUCCCGUCUUUCCCUCAUCAUCCAUUUCAGCCGGCUCGUCAGCCUCACACGCCAUCGUAUUCAUCUCAGUUGGUAAUGCAAAUGCUUCUUUUGCUUCCGAAAUCGAAUGA